ACCAACCCAAACACUGCUAUGUAUGGUCAUCAUGACCACACGCGCUCCCUCCUAGAAUCGCAUUUAUGUUGGAGUUUUGCUAUUAUAUACAUAGUUCCGUAGAUGCAGUCAAGUUUGAAAAGGCAAAAUAGCAUUUUCAACACGCAAAGUCAAUAAUCAAACAAACUAAACCAACCAAAACCCCAUUCCAAAGUUUAAAAUAACAAGAGAAGUUACACAGAACAUGAAUCUGCUGGAAGUCGUUGGCCGCCCCUAUUUCCUCAUCCUUCUAAAUAACAAUAAUCCCAAAUCACCUCCACUCUUCCCCCCAAAUCCCUCAACAAACCAAAAUGAAAUUCCUCCUUAUUACUUCACUCUCUCUAUUGGUCUUUCUCAAUCCCAUCUCCGCCGAUAUCUUCCCCAACGUCUCUUCAAUCCCAUCUUGGCUUAACAAAACCACUUGUGCCUGGGACCAAUUCAAGAAACUCAAAGGCUGCCGCCCUGGUGAUCGCCUCAAUGGCCUCUCUAAUCUCAAAACUUACCUCAAUCACUUUGGCUACAUUCCCCCUUCUCCUAAUUUCACCGACCUCUUUGAUCCUCUCCUUCAAUCUGCCCUUAAAACUUACCAAACCAAUUUCAAUCUUAACGCCACUGGCCUUCUCGACGACCAAACUCUCGCUCAGAUUCAGCUUCCCCGAUGCGGAAUCCCCGAUAUAAUCAAUAAUUCCACUUCUAUGAAUUCCGGACGACAUUCCCCCCAUUUUCACUCUGUUUCUCAUUACACUUUCUUCCCCGGCCGCCCCAUCUGGCCUGCCCACCGUCGUGAUUUGACCUACGCUUUUGCGCCCGAGAAUCCUCUUUCCAACGAGGUUAAAGCGGUUUUUGCUAGGGCGUUUGCUCGUUGGGCGGCUGUUACGCCUUUGACAUUCUCGGCUGUAGAAUCGUUUCGGACGGCAGAUAUCCGGAUUGGAUUCUACGCUGGGGAUCACGGCGAUGGGGAGCCGUUCGAUGGCGUUUUAGGGACUUUGGCUCACGCGUUUUCACCUCCGAGUGGGCAUUUUCAUUUGGAUGGGGAUGAGAGUUGGGUGGUUUCCGGUGACUUGAGAUCGGCUCCUCUGGCAGCGAUCGAUUUGGAAUCGGUGGCGGUUCAUGAGAUUGGGCAUUUGUUAGGGCUUGGUCACUCCUCAGUUGAGGAAUCCAUUAUGUUUCCGACAAUCACUUCGAGGACGAGGAAGGUGGAUCUGGCUGCCGACGAUAUCAAUGGAAUUCAAGAACUGUAUGGCGGAAACCCCAACGGGAACCUGUCGCCACCGUCGAGUAGUAUGACACCGUCCGUACAAGAGAGAGAUAUGUCAAGAAACGGAGCUGCUCACAGGCUGUUGGGGUUCUGGUGGAGCCCACUUUUAAUCGCAGCCGUUGAACUUUUCUUGAUGAGAUAGAUAAAUAUGGUUUUGCUUUGUGGUUAUUUAUUGAUUUUUUAUUUUAAUUUUCAAUUCUUUUUUUGACGAUUCAAUUUUUCAUUAGGUGUAGGCAUCUAUGUUUCUCGGUGCCUACCAAAUUACGCUACCCUCGUCAUAUUCCUUAUAAUGAUUCUUCUUUCCUUUUGUUUUCCUCUGGGGAUGUAUAGACAUACUAUAUACUUUUUCUUUUUCUUUUUCUUUUCCUUUUAUUUUGAAAAAAAACAUAUACCAUAUAGUUUGUACA